AUGAAUAAGAUCCUCUCAACCACUCUUUGUUUUGGACUCCUAACUUUAUCUGUAAUGAUCUUUUUAGAAUCGGUGCAUGGGCUGCCAUAUUUUAUCCAAGGAAAUGAAUUGUUUCCAGAUAAAGAAGAUACAGAUCGUGAAGAACUAUUGCUGGCUCUACUGAAUAAAAAUUUUGAUUUCCAAAGACCUUCCAACAUUGAUAUAGAGCUGGCUAACAAAUUGGAAGAACUUAACCAGCUGGAAAAACUGAAAGAGCAGCUCAUGGAGGCAAAGGAUGCUGAGAUGUCUUAUGCUAUAAGUGGUCUAUCUUCUUCCCAUCCUAAUAAGCGAGCUUGCUUUUGGAAAUACUGUGUCUAA